UAGAUAUUUAACUCGUGUGGUUUGAUCGAAUGAAACAGUUACUGAUUCCGUAAAAUUUGACUUGAAAAUGGAUGACGGCUACGAUAAUCAAGAAUGGGGAGAAAGUUCGGGAAUGAGAGGGGAUUCUGAGAUGGGAGACUCUGACAAUGAGGACCAGUACAUGGAAAAUCCUGCAGAAGUUUUAGAAGAAUGCCUUCAAACGUUCAAAACACAGGACUACAUCAUGGAACCCGGCAUUUUCAAUCAACUGAAAAGGUACUUUACAGUUGGUGGAAGCCCAGCCCAUGUCAUUGAACUACUCUCUCAGAACUACUCUGCCUCAGCACAGAUGGCUAAUCUAAUGGCAGAAUGGCUCAUCUUAGCUGGGGCAACUAUAAAUGAUGUACAGUCAAUGGUAGAAAAUCACUUGAAAGAAAUGAUCAUCAAAAUGUUUGAUCCAAAGAAAGCUGAUACUAUUUUCACUGAGGAGGGAGAAACACCAGCUUGGCUUACUGAAAUGAUUGAACAUCCCACCUGGAGAUCACUGGUUUAUAAACUGGCUGAGGAAUAUCCUGAUUGCCUUAUGUUGAAUUUCACCAUUAAGUUGAUUUCGGAUGCAGGAUUUCAAGGUGAAAUUACGAGUAUAUCAACUGCAGCUCAGCAAAUCGAAGUAUUUUCAAGAAUUUUGAAGACUUCGGUUGGCCAGUACUCAGAAAGUAAUGAUGACGACAGGCAAAAACACAUACAAGAAUGCGCUCGGAUGAUUUGUCAUGGGCAACAUACUUUCGUGUACAGUGAAGUACUGUUAAAUGUUUUGUCUCAAGAACCUAAAGGAGGCCCUUCAAUCAAAAGACUAUCACAAGAAAUUACCCGUCACGCGAUUCAAUCGGGUCACAAUGUCACUGCCAUUAUUAUGGGUCUUAAUGGGUCAGCAGCGCAUCCGCGUGCCAGUCAAGCUUUAUCCUCAAUGCUCUCUCGCAACGCUUUGAAUCCAGCCGAUAUCACGAAUUUGUAUAAACUAUAUUCGGCAACCGAUCCCCCACCGGUGGAGUUGAUCCGUUUACCUCAGUUUAUGGAGCUGCUCCUCGAUUCAUUGUUUAAGCCUGGGGUCAAGCUUAAUCCUGAGCACAAAUCAAAAUACAACUAUCUCCUUGCUUACGCUGCUAGCGUGGCUGAAGUGUACAAAAAGAAUCAAAGGAAAAACACCAACCGAGAUGAACUAAAGGCCACCAUGCAGGCUCUCGAAAAGGCUCAUCAAGUUUGCACGACAGCAAAAGGAUCAACUGAAUUAAUAGCUGAGCUUGGAACUCUGUAUCAGUACAUCCGUUUCCCUGUGGUCUCUAUGGGCGUAUUUCGAUGGGUAGAAGCGACUGUGUUAGAGCCCUCCUACUUUAAGUUGAGCACCGAACACACCCCUGUUCAUUUGGCGCUUCUCGAUGAAGUGGCCGCCGUGAAUCCUUUGCUCCACUCAAAUAUCCUCGACUUGCUUGUACGACUUUUCGAGUCGAGACAGGACGAGUUGGAGAUUCUCGUUCAACUGGAAAUGCGUAAAAUGUUACUUGAUCGUAUGGUCAAUUUGUUAACGCGUGGUUACGUCGUCCCUAUUGUCAAGUACAUCAAACAGUGCUGGCAAAGAGGUGACACGGAUAUUUCACUGAUUCGGUACUUCGUCACAGAGGUACUUGAAUCGAUUGCCCCACCCUACACAUCCGAGUUCGUCCAACUAUUUCUUCCGAUGGUUGAAAAUGAAGAAAUUACUGGUACAAUGCGUGGCGAUGGUGACGGUGACCUCGUCUCUGAUUUCAUAGUGUACUGUAAGGCCAACUACGUCGUGGUUUCCUAAUAAAGCGUUACCAAUUGUUGGAUGUUGCGACUCAUAAAAACAAACAGUUUCGUUCGACACGGAUAUCACUUCCAAUUUGUUUUAUUUUCAUCCUUUCUGUGCUCAUAAAAAUAAAACGACUGAAAUUGCUGGUUA